UCAGCUGCUGUGUUUCUGAUUUUCCUGAUGAACGUCUCUACAGGUCAAACUCCGACAUGUUAUAGAGACGAGUAUGAGACAUCUGGUGGAUGCUGUCCUAUGUGUCCAGCUGGACGUUGGGUUUAUGAAGACUGCACUGAGUCCAGAAGUUCUCUCUGUAAGGCCUGCCCUGGUGAAACCUUUAUGAACCAUCCGACUUCCCGUAAAGAGUGCUACAAGUGUAAAAGCUGUGAUGAAGGUUCUGGUCUGAAGAACAAGACGUCGUGUACCAACAUGUCAGACACAGUUUGUGAACCUCUGGAAGGAUUUUACUGCUCAGACUCUAGAGAGGACGACUGUGAGGAAGCAAGGAAACACAGACGCUGUAAACCAGGAGAAUACAUCAGAGAACACGGAACUUCCUCCGCAGACACCAUGUGCUCGACCUGCUCUGAUGGAACAUUUUCAGACAGGACCUUUACAUCUUGUCAGAAUCACACACAAUGUGAAUCAGAGGGUCUGCUGCUGCUGAGAGCAGGAACUGAGACAGAGGACGCUCAGUGUGGAGGAAAAGUGUCAUACAGGACUGAAGUGACAGUCGCUGGUGUUGUUGUUGUUGGGAUGUUUUUAGUCUUUGUACUCGGAGGGUGUUAUCUCGUAUGCAGGAUGAUUAACUCUCUAAUCUUUUAUAUACAGUAUGUGUUUAUAUUUAUAUCUGUUUUUUAUCUGUUCCCGUUUUGUUUUUCUGAGACGAUGAUUGAACACAAACACUUUCAUCAGCGCUCCAUCUGCUCUCUCACCAUCAAGUUUAAAUAUUUUAGAAAUUAAAGAUUGUCCCUUUAGUGUCUUGGGCCGGCUGUGGCUCAGUGGUGGUCGGUCGUCUCACAAACCUAGGGGUAACCUAGGGGUUAAAGUGGACCCUGAUCUUAAACUUGACAGUCAGAUUAAGGCUGUCGUAAAAUCAAGCUUUUUCCAUUUGAGGCAGCUGGCCAAAAUAAAGCCAAUUCUUUCAAGGCAGCACUUUGAGACUGUGAUCCACGCCUUUGUUACCACACGGCUGGAUUACUGUAAUGCAUUGUAUGUGGGGGUUAGUGGGUCCUCCAUCGCCCGUCUCCAGAUGGUACAGAAUGCAGCUGCACGUCUUUUAACUGGAACACGUAAAUAUGACCACAUUUCCCCCAUUUUAGCCUCACUCCACUGGUUGCCCAUACAAUUUAGGAUCAAUUUUAAAAUUAUUUUAUUUGCUUUUAAAUCUCUUAAUGGUCCUGCCUCGCCCUACCUCUCUGAGCUUCUACACCCGUACACGCCCACCCGCUCUCUCUGGUCAGCUGAUCAGCUGCUCCUGAGGGUGUCUAAAACCAAGCGGACCUUGGCCUCUUCUCUGCCUGUUUUUAAAUCUCUGUUUUUAAAUCUUUUCC